GCCAAGGACGAGAAAAUCCGAACAGAGGGACAAAGACGGAAAAGACAGCAGGUCGGUCAUCACAGAGAGGCUGGACAGGCUUAUUCCACCUCAAAUAAAGCCUUUUAAUACUCCAAUGGACGCACAAAAGACAGGACAGGCUUUCCCAAGAGGCCAGCCAUCGUGAUAAGACCCAAGGAGGAUCCGAGAGGAGUCCUACAAGUCCUUCAGUCCUUCACUCCCCGUCAGACUCAUCAAAGGAGGGCAGGAAAGGAUAUCCCACUAUAGAAAUAAAGGACUCCACUGCGCUAAUGGACGUGGAGAAGACAGGGCAGGCUUUCUCAAGGGGCCAGCCAUCGUGAUAAGACCCGAGGAGGAGCCAAGAGGAGUCCUACAAGUCCUUGAGUCCUUCCCUCCCCCGUCAGUGCAGUUCCCGAUGGUCAUAAUGAUCCUGGCGGCGGUCGUGGGGUGCUACAUCAUCUCCUCCGUCAUCCUCUUCAAGUUCCCCAUGCUGCUGCACAAGAGGAAGGACGUCAAGUUUGUGUGUCGCCAUAUAAGCCAUCGAGGAGGUGCAGGAGAAAAUUAUGAAAAUACAAUAUCAGCUUUCAGACAUGCGGUGGAGGUGGGCACCGACAUGCUGGAGCUGGACUGUCAGCUGACCAGGGACGGGCAGGUGGUGGUGUCUCACGACUCGGUCCUGGACGUGAGGACAGAGGUGAAAGGAGCAAUAUCUGAGUAUAAUUAUUCCGAGCUGCCGCUCAUCAAGGAACAGAUCCCGGUAGACUUCAUGCCGGGGACGGUGUUCACGGGCAAGAGUGAGGACAGGAGGUUUCCACUCCUUGAAGAGGCAUUUCAGCAUUUUCCAAGCACGCCAAUCAACAUAGACAUCAAGACCGACAAUAAUGAGCUGAUUGAAAAAGUGAGCGAGCUGGUGAAGAAGUACCAGCGGGAGCACAUCACCGUCUGGGGCAACGUGAAGGACGUGGUGACACAGAAGUGCUACAAGAUGAAUCCCAAUGUUUGCUUGCUCUUCAGCGCCCGGCGUGUGUGCGUCAUGCUCCUGCAGCUCUACACGGGAAUAUUGCCAUUCAUGCCCGUCAAGGAAACACACCUAGAAAUUUUCAUGCCGGCACAAAUGGUUAAAAUCUAUGGCAGUCGCUUUGAUUUGAAGUGGUGGCACACGCUGGUGGCCAAGAUUGCCAACACACUGCUCAUCCGACGCUCCCUGUUUGAGCAUCUGUCCAAGAGAGGAGUCCAGACCUACCUGUGGGUGAUGAACACUGAGGAGGAUUUCCGCCGUGCCUUUGAGACGGGAGCAACAGGGGUGAUGACCGACUACCCCACCAAGCUGAAGACAUUCCUGGAACAGAACCCGCAGUAUUGUCUCAACCACAAACUCAGCCUCACCUAAGGCCGUCUGUCCUUCACCUCCUCACAUGGCCACAGUCACCUCACCUAAUAAGUUAAGCUGUGGUUAUGACAUGUUAAAUAAUCAUCUGUUACAUCCAUCUAAGUACAAGGAUAUAUUGCAAUAGUUUUGGGUGCUGAUGCAUGUCGCAACACAAAAGUGCGAAGGUACUUGUGAAAGUCGACGGACCUUCAAGAGCUUCUUUUAUUUUUCUUGAGUACGUUAAGGUUGCCCCGGCCGAGGGUGCAGCAACAUACAGUUUUGUGCCCCGGGUCGCACACAUUGUUCGAGCAGGAAUAUGAUACUUCGAUGCCGCUAAGCCUGACUUCAAAGUCUUUAUCAGUGCCUAAUUUGAACAUUUAAUCUGCCAUCUGCAUGUGUAUCAGAUUGUUUCAGAACU